GAUCAGUAUCUUUAGAUAUGGUAUGUGUAUCGUACCAAUGAAGUAAAAGAUUAAUAGUGGCCUAUAAUGAGCUGACACUUGAUGGGAAAUCGCUGGAAAUCGCCGAAAAGUGUGUUCCUGGGUAGCUGUGUGAGUGCUAGUGGUGUAACUAAUGAAAUUGCUAACCAUAAAUUAAAAGCCAGAGCAGUAUAUGCCAAUCUGAGCUGCUUGUGGUGCCUUCGUGAUGUUCAUCUUGUUAUAAAGGAGGGGAAAUAUAUAAUACAGUCCUGCUCUGAGCCUAUGAAACCUGAUCUGUUUCAGCCAAGGAUGUCCGACUAUUCUGCGUUUUCCAUUACAGUUGUCUCCAAGGCAUCACUCGCAUCCAGUGGAAACCCUAUAUAAUUAAUUUUGAGGUGAGAUGACGUGUGUUUAGAUGUGAGAGCGAUCAUCAUCCACUUGAUGAGGUGAUCUUGAAACAAGUAUAACUUGAAUAUGUGUUAUGCAUGUCAUCUAGAGGACUUUAAAUCCGCUCACUGCUUGUUUACUUUAGAAUUGACCCUACGACGUGGAGAUGCGGCUAGUCCAUGACUUAGAGCCAUGGUAUGUGGAAUAGUAGUUUUAGGCUAGCAUAUGAAUGUGCCUCACGACUCUUUGAAUGAGAUCCGACAGAUCAUGCAAGUCAAUAGCUCGGUUUCAGUGCCUAUGCUUUA